UACAAAGCUGAACAUCUGGGCUGGAGCGACUCUCUGCUGCUCCAAACUGAGGCUGCGCUGAUCGCUGAUUACUGUGGGGAACAGACCGACUAUAGAUAUGGACUUUAUAUGACCCCACUUCAAAAAACACAAACUAUCCCUUUAAGACUUCAAAGCUGAUGAUGCAUGGAGUGGCCAUCUUGAAUUUUGAGGGCGGUUUCGGUGAGGUGCAUCUCACUUCAGGGGGCACUCCACAAGCCCCGCCCACUCUGAGUGAUUCACAUGAUGGCAUUCUAUAAUGUCGUUAUGUCCAUAUGUGGUCCCAUACUCUUUGUAAUGUCCAGUAAACAUUAUGUUACUGCCUAAACUAGGCUAACAGUUCCUCCUGCUUCCAGUCUCUGUGCUAAGCUAGGCUAACAGAUGCUGGAUUCCUUCAGUAUGGGGCAAACAGCUGAUGGAGGAUUUCUCCAACACUCCCAGUCUGAGGCGUGUCCAGCUGCUGGUCUAAACUGGGGACCCCCCCGCGCCCCUCCCACCACCCUCCAUGGCCCCGCCCACAUCACCCCCCCCCCCCCCCCCCCCUCGGUCCAUGUCUCCACACAGAGGAGAGCAGCCGACUGAACGGACGAUCUACUUCCAGGAUGUUGUCGUCUCCUCCUCCCACCUCCCUCUCUACCUCCUCCAACACUCCUCCUCCUCCUCCUCCUCCUCAGACAGUGACCUCUGACCCCCGGCGUAUUGCCAUGGAAACCUACUGGAGAGAAGUGCGGAGCAUCGAUGAGGAGAAGGAGGGAGAAGAAGAGGAAGAGGAAGAGGAAGAAGAGAGGAAGAGUAUGGACGAGGUGGAGCUGGAGGAGGCGUGGCUGACAGAGGCGGGGCUAUCGUCCCUGGUGACGGGCUCGUCGUUAGAAGAGGCGUCUCCGCCGCCGGCCGAGGUGCUGCUGUCCACGUUGACACGGCAACAAGCCGCCACAGUGAGGAAGAGGCUGGACAACUACAACGAGACACUGAAGACACGUAACAGGCAGCCAAUCAGAGAUGUCCGAGACAUCUUCACUGAGCCUGAUGAUGACUCAGCAGAUAGAUGCCCCUCCUCUCCCUCUCACCAUGCUGAGCCACCGCCAAGUCGAUACCACACCACCACCAAAACCAUCCGCCGAAACACUCACAGAGUUCGACCGACUCUUCAAACAUUUCUGUUUGACGAUCAACUACCUGAACACCCAUCAACCCCAACACACCCACAGUCCCCAACACACACACCCUCACCGACACACUCACAUUCUCCAACAAGCACACACUCACUUCCUGUCCUUCAGUCGAGACAAGUUGAUUGGUUGCUGCGGGAGUCUCCUUACUCAGAGGGCGUGGCUGAACACAAACAGGGCGGGACUUGUUGGGACUGUCUGAGUUUUCAUGGAGACGACAGUGAUGACCUACCAUUUGUACCUGUCUCACCCUCUCAGGGUCUCACCUGGGCAGACGACCUGUCACCAGGUGACCUCGUCCGUCUUGGCUUCAUCUGUCACAUCGAGCUCUCCACCUUCCUGCACACUCUAGGUGUCCAAACCAAACGCACCCGCCCACCACGCCACAGGACACGGGACAGCGGUGUCUUCGGUGUUCCUCUGAACUCGCUGUUGGCCAAUGACAGGAAGAAGUUUCCAGGAGUCAAAGUUCCUGUUGUCUUUCAGAGGUUGUUGUGUAUUUUAGAGUCCGGGCUGCAGACUGAAGGGAUUCUCAGAGUACCAGGAUCAGCUGCUAGACUUAAGUACCUGCGUACAGAGUUAGACAGGUGUGGAGGGUUUGACUGGUCUGCAGUGAGACAGGUGGAUGCUGCGGGUCUGCUGAAACUUUUCAUCAGAGAGCUGCCAACACCUCUGCUGACACACACACACCUGUCCACCUACCGCUCUGUGCUGGGUAUCUCCUCUGUGCUUCAUCAGGUUCAGGCUCUGCAGCUGCUGUCGUUGUUACUUCCUGAAGCUCACAGAGAAACACUCAGAGCCCUGCUGGUCUUCCUGCGUAAGGUGGUUUCUCAUCAGGACCAGAACAGGAUGUCUCUGUGGAAUGUCUCCAUGGUAAUGGCACCAAACUUGUUCUCCUGCAUUCACCGUGGCAACAAGAGCUCCGUCGCCAAGCAACGGGAGGAGAUGGAGGAGGCGGUGGGUGGGGCUCAGCUGAUCCGUCUGAUGGUCACACACCAGGAUCUGCUGUGGACUGUCCCCAGCUUCCUGCUGUCUCAGGUGAGACUUAUGAACCAGGCAUCCAAUCUGAAACAGCUCAGCCUAAGUAAGACCACAAGACGCCUGCUGAGGAGGAGGAACGACAAGAACGAUAGAAACCAGGUCACAGAGCUGUGUGAGGGGGUCAUCAGGGUUCACGCCCCCCAACACACCAAGGUCUCUAUGGCGAUACAGCUGGAUGGACAGACAAGAGCCAAAGACGUCACUGCACGCUUUGAGUGUGACAACAGUCCAGCUCAGUGUCUGUAUGAAGUGGGAGGAAACAUCAGUGAGCGCCGUCUCCAUCCAGACUGUCUGCUGUUGGACGUCUACAGAGUGAAUCCUCACUGUGAUUGGCUGAUCAAACCCUGACGCACAACAGUUCUUACAUAUCAACCUGUCUCACAACAUGUGUGUUACCUGCUUCACCACUCUGACGUCCAGUCUCACCCCCGGUCUCACGUCUUCUGAGCAGCCCUCUCACACAGCCUGUCUCAUAUCACCUGUCUCACCACUCACCUGUGAGACAGUUUAACAAACAUGUGUUGCAGUGUGUUGUCAUGGUGAUGACAUCACGUCCUGUGGUUAUGAUGCAUUUUGUGUCAUGAUGUUGUUUUUACAUGGAGACAGUAUUACUGAUCUGAUGUUAUUGAUCACAGCAUACUUGACCCUUAUUAAACAAUAAACAGCUGCUGGUGGUGUUUGUCU